AUGCCACACCUCCCAAUCCUCAUAACACUCACCUCCCUCUUCCUCGCCCUUCCCGUCUUCGCCAAAAGCGGUACUCCUCAACCAAAAUGCAACACCGCCUUCUUCACCCCCCUCCUGCCCGCCGGCACAACCCUCGAGAAAAUCGCGGUUGUUGAGAAAGGCGGGACUUAUGGCGAAGGGGAGGCGAAUUUGGCGUUUCCGGUGGAUCCGACGAAUUUGCCUGCGCUGUGUGCCGUGACUGUAGCGGUGCAGAGUUCGGAAACGAGUAAAUACCGAAUUGGGUUGUUUUUGCCGUUGGUCAAGGAGUGGACGGGGAGGUUUUUGGUGGUGGGGAAUGGGGGGUUUGGAGGGGGGAUUAAUUGGAUUGAGAUGGGUUCUGGGGCACGGUACGGGAUGGCGACAGUGUCUACCGACACUGGGCACAACUCGGACGCGACAGACAGCGCCUGGGCACUGAACCAACCUGAGAGCAGGAUCGACUGGGGCUGGCGUGCCAUCCACGGCGCGACCGUCCUCGGCAAACAGCUCGUCAACGCCUACUACACCAAGCCACUCACCUUCUCCUACUACUCCGGCUGCUCCACCGGCGGUAGACAGGGUCUCAAAGAGCUGCAGCUAUCCCCGGACAGCUUCGACGGUGCGCUCAUUGGUGCUGCGGCCUGGUGGACGUCCCACCUCAACAACUACCUCACCCAGGUAGGCUUGUUCAACCUACCCGCGACGGACCCGAAAUUCCUCAGCCUGGAUGACGUCGCGGUGCUCGCCGAAGAAGUCACCCGCCAAUGCGACGGCACCGACGGCGUCCUCGACGGCAUCAUCAGCAGCCCCGAGCGGUGCAGUCCGGACCUCACCACACUGCUCUGCUCAUCCACCACCAGCAACAAAUGCCUGACCGAGGCCCAAAUCUCCACCGCCCAAAACAUCUACAACGACUUCCUCUCCACCACCACAACCACCCCCGCGGGAACCCCCGAACUCCUCCACCCGGGCCUAACCCUCUCCUCCGAGCCCCAAUGGGACCUCAUCCUCAACGACACCGAACCCAGCCCCUACGGCGUCGGCUACGCCCGCAACUUCCUCUUUAACGACCCCACCUGGGACUGGCGCACCUUCAACGAAUCCGUCAUCCGCUACGCCGACAUCCACGACCCAGGCGACGCCACAGCCGAUGACUACGCAGCGCUCGGCAAAGUGAGAGCGAGAGGGGGGAAGGUGUUGAUGUACCAUGGCUUGGCAGACGGGUUGGUGCCGACUAAGGGGUCGGAGUUGUAUGUCAAUCGGACGAUUGAGGCGCUCGGUCGUGGUGGGAAAGGAGGGGUGAGUGGGAACCCGCAGAAGAGUCUUGAUGACUUUUUUCGGUUGUUUCUCGUGCCUGGGAUGCAGCACUGUGGUGGGACAGCGGUUGACGCGCCGUGGGUGUUUGGGGGUUCGUCGCAGGCUAUAGUGCUAAACAACAGUGAUCCGAGCAGUGGGGGCACUCAAUGGUCGGUGCCGGGGUUUGAGGACGCUGAGCAUGAUGCGUUGCUGGCGCUGGUGCGCUGGGUUGAGCAAGGUCGGGCGGUCGAGAGGAUUGUUGCGACGACGUGGGAGAAUUUGGUGGACCCUGCGUCGGGGGUGAAGAGGCAGCGGCCGCUUUGUCCGUGGCCGCGGCGCGCGGUGUGGGAUGGGAAGGGUGAUGUGGAUGAUGCGGAGAGGGUCGGCAAGGGCAUCAUCGCCUCGUCCACGGGCCUGCUCCUCAAAACCCUCGGCCACCGUGUCAGCUGCAUCAAGAUCGACCCUUAUGUCUCUGUUGAUGCGGGGUUGAUGGCCCCUGCCGAGCACGGCGAGUGCUUUGUCCUGACCUCCGGUGGUGAGGUGGAUCUCGAUCUUGGAAACUACGAGAGAUACCUUUCUGUUCGCCUGACCAGUGAACACAACAUCACCACCGGCAAGGUCUACCUAAGUGUGAUCCAGAAAGAGCGCCGCGGCGACUAUCUCGGAAAGACGGUCCAGAUUGUGCCGCACGUGACCGACUCUAUUAAGGAAUGGAUCAAGCGGGUGUCCAAGAUCCCAGUUGAUGGGACGGGAGAGGAGCCUGAUGUGUGCAUCAUUGAGCUUGGUGGGACGAUCGGUGAUAUCGAGAGCGUGAUGCGCCACGAGGCGGGCGCCAACAACUUCAUGAACAUCCACGUUUCCUACGUCCCCACCGUGCACGGCGAGCAAAAGACCAAGCCAACACAGCACGCGGUUAAGUCGAUUCGCAGCCACGGCUUAAUCCCAGAUAUCGUUGCUUGCCGCUGCGAAACACCCCUCGCCGAGUCGACUGUCGCGAAACUGGCCCUCUUCUGCCAGGUCGAGAAGGAACAAGUCCUUGUGGUCCGCGACAUGCCCACCAUCUACCAAGUUCCACUCCUCCUCCAGGAGCAAAAACUUGUCCCGCAACUCCGGUCCAAGCUGGCCUUGGACAAAGUCACCAUCACCCCCGAUAGGGCGGCGCAGGGUUCAGCGUUGUGGGAUGUGUGGACAUCGGUCGUUACUCCGACAUACCAGGAGGAAGUCAAGAUUGCCCUCGUUGGCAAGUACAUCACCUGCCAGGAUGCCUAUCUAUCCGUCGUCAAGGCCCUCGAGCAUUCGUCCAUGACCAUCCGCCGGAAGCUCAAUUUGAUGUGGGUCGACUCGGAGGAACUCGAACCCACGACCGGGGGCGGGCCCGCGCAGGCCCGGUACCACAAGGCCUGGCACGACGUUUCCACCGCGGCGGGUAUCAUCGUGCCCGGCGGCUUCGGUCACCGUGGCACCGAGGGCAUGAUGCUGGUCUCGAAGUGGGCACGGGAGAACAACAUCCCUUUCCUCGGCGUCUGUCUUGGCUUCCAAGUCGCUGCGAUCCAGUUUGCUCGCGACGUUUGCGGCAUGUCCGGGGCCACGUCGGAGGAGUUUGACGCCCAAGCCAAGGACCGCGUGGUCGUCAACAUGCCCGAGCUCGACAAGGAGAAGAUGGGUGGCACCAUGCGUCUGGGUCUGCGCAAGACCAUCUUCCAGCAAGGCACUGAGUGGUCGCGCGCGCGGUCGCUGUAUGGCGGGGUCGAGGUCAUCGAGGAAAGGCACCGCCACCGUUAUGAGAUCAACCCCGAGCUGGUUGAGAAACUGGAGAAUGCGGGUCUCCACUUUGUGGGCAAGGACGAGACGGGUGAGCGGAUGGAGGUUUUCGAGCUGAAGGACCAUCCUUUCUUCGUUGGUACCCAAUUCCACGCCGAGUACCAAUCCCAAGUCGUCCACCCGAGCAGGCCGUACCUUGGUUUCGUGGCUGCGAGUGCUGGCCGCCUGGACGAUGUGCUCAAGCAGAAACCGGUUGAAGGGUUCAAGACUGUGCCCAUUCACAGCGGCGCCCAAUAA